UGGAAAGUAACGUCCAUUUUGUGCACACGUUUGUGUUUCUUCGGUGUAACGGUGCAAAUUUGUUAAACAGUUCCGUGUUUUAAAGGACAUUUUUCUAGUGACAGGAAGGUUUUAUUCUUCUGACUGAACUCCUGAAGGUUUAUUUGUAGCAGAUCUGCUGGCGCAGAGUUGGUUUGACAGAUCGGAGAUGAAGUGUGUUUGGGUGAUUCUGUUCCUCCACUGGUCUCUCUCAGGAGCUCAGAGGUUUAAACUGGAGGGUCCAGCUGUGCCUGUUGUUGCUGCUCCUGGUUCUGACAUCGUUCUGCCGUGUUCCAUCAAACCCAAAGCCCCUGAACAAUCCCAUGUGAGUGCUGUGGACAUGGAAGUGAAGUGGAGCAGACAGGAUCUAGGAGGCAUCCUGGUGCAUCACUAUAUGAAUAAAGAAGACAAGAACAAUGAUCAGGAUCGUUCCUACAGAGGGAGAACAGCUCUGUUCAAAGAGAAGCUACAGUAUGGCGACACCUCACUGCUACUGAAGAACGUUAAAGUGUCUGAUGGAGGACAGUACACAUGUCGUGUUGAUUCUGCCCAAUGGAAAGAUCAUGUCGGUGUUCUACUGAAAAUUGAAGCUGUUGGAAGAACCCCAGAGAUCACUGUACUGGGCACUGCCUCAGGUGGGGUUCUUCUACAGUGUGACUCUAAGGGCUGGUGGCCUGUACCUGAACUCCAGUGGCUGGACAGUGAAGGAGCAGAAGUGCCUGCUGGAGUAACAGUGUUCCAUGAAGAUGAUAAAGGCUUUAAUGUGAGACGCAGCCUCACUGCAAACAGCAACAGCACCAACACCUACAUCUGCAGAGUGAAACAGGGGCAGCAUGUGAUGGAGGAAAAGAUCGACAUUACUGGCAUUGGAACAAGCCCAGUGGUCUCUGUGGUGGGCACUGAUGCCUCAGGGGGGAUCCAGUUAGUGUGUGAAACGGGAGGCUGGACGUCUGAGCCUGAGCUGCAGUGGCUGGACAGUGAGGAAGCAGAGUUGCCUGCUGGAUGUACACAGUCUCACCACGACAGCGAGGGGUUCGCUGGGAGUCACCGAAUCACCGUCUGCAGCAGUGACACCGUCUUCUACUGUAGAGUGAAGCAGCAUCCCAGGAUGAAGUCACACAUCAACAUCGUUGGUAUCGGAACAAGCCCAAAGAUCAUUAUAGAGGGCACAGAUGGCUCAGGAGGGCUCAGACUACUGUGUGAAAUUAAAGGCUGGAGGUCUGAACCUGAGCUGCAGUGGUUCAGUGGAGGAGCACAACUGCCUGCAGGAGAUAAAGAAUCACACAGAGACGAUGAGGUCUACACUGUUAGACGCCACGUCACUGCACAAGGCAGUGGAACCUUUGUCUGCAGAGUCAAACAGUAUCCCAAGAUGGAGGCAGAGAUCACUGUCGCUGCACAAGGAUAAAAGGAUUCCCUCCACCAUGGCGGUUCCCAUGGCAACCACACUGUGUUGUUUGGGUCUCUCUCCUCUUUUCUCUUGUGUUCAUACUGUAACAUGCUCUCAUACUCAUAUCUGCAUUAACAAACAGUUCAACAGGUGUACCUAAUAAAGAGCCCUUUGAGUGUAUAAUCUGUACUCCUAAAGUGCCUCCUAGUGGCACUUCCUUUGUAAGUGAUCUGACAUUUCUUUUUGUGGAUUAAUGCUGACGUGAUGCCACCUAAUGUGUCAGUACUGUGAGACUUUGAUUGUUUCCACAAAUCUAGUUUUCACAAAACUUCAUUUUGUAAUUUUUUUCAUAUUCUUGACUUUUGUUUACUGUGUAAAUGGUGUUGUGAUUUGACUCUCCAGGCCACCAUAGGAAGCACCUGUUACAGAAGUACAAUUUAGAGGAGCAAACAGUAAAUUGAUCACCCUGAGGGUACUUAAUAUUUCAGUACUUACAUCCAGUCAUAAAUCCCAGAAUAUCCAGUUGUGUAAUAGUAAACCACGGGUCCACGUUUUCAGUCUAACCUGGUGCGUUGGGAACUUGGACAGAGCAAAACUGUGGAACCAUCAGAUGGGC